AAACACCGAAACUAUUUCUCAGUUCUCUCGAUUUAAAUAAAAAAUAAAAGAAGCACAUUAAUGGAGCUCUGAGCUCCUUCUUCUCCACGAGGCUCCGACUCUUCUCCCCUCUACUGCAGCCUCAAAAUUUGCUAGUCUCUCAACAUUUCACUCUGUGGGUUUUAAUUUGGGAUUUUUGAGAGAUACAGAUACGCCUAAAGGAGCUUGGGCGUUUUAGAUGGAUUCAUCACAGAGUGUGUCAGCGGGAACCGGUGCGAAUAGUGGCAAUGGAAUGAUGGUUCCCCCGGCCAAUGAUACUACUGUUCCAGCGGCAGCAGCAGUAACAACGGUGGGAGAUGAAGCAAAGCAGAACCUGAACCAUGUGAUUAACUCCAUCCAGAAAACUCUGGGUCUUCUUCACCAGCUCAACCUCACUGUCUCUUCCUUCAAUGCUGCGUCUCAGCUUCCGCUUCUCCAUCGCCUGAAUUCUAUUGUUUCAGAGCUUGACAACAUGGCUAAGCUGUCAGAGAAAUGCAAUAUUCAGGUUCCAAUGGAAGUUCUUAAUCUGAUCGAUAACGGUAAAAAUCCUGAUGAGUUUACAAAGGAUGUGAUAAACAGCUGCAUUGCUAAAAACCAGGUCACCAAAGGAAAAGCUGAUGCCUUCAAGGGUCUCCGGAAGCAUCUUCUAGAGGAACUUGAAAUGACAUUUCCUGAAGAUGUUGAGUCUUACAGGGAGACACGAGCUGCUUCUGCUGCUGAAAUGAAACGGCAGGCACAAGCACAAGCCCAGGCCCAAGCUCAAGGUCAAAGCAUGAUACCAAAUGGAGAUGUAAAGGUUAAAAAUGAGCUUUAAAUGCCUCUUUCUUUGAUGUAUGAGGUUCUUGAAGUCUCGCUUACCAUGUUUGCAUCCUUCUGGUUGUUGAUACAAAGCUUAAUAGAUACAAUCAUGACAAGUAUCUAAUUCUUCUGGUUGUUGCUGCAAGGCCAUGGAUACACACACUCAUGUAUCAUAGAGUUAAUUGUUGCAUAACUCUGCAGCGUAUGGUGGGCAAGAAUAUGAUAAUAUAAUUAGUUUUUAUCUUGUUGAGAAAUUGAAGACAUUCUUUUAAGACAAGUAUCCGAAUUGUGUACUAUUCUUUUCUAAUGCUUUAUUUCAGUUGUUAUAAUUAAUUUGGUGUUGGGUACU